AUGGCAGCUCUUCCUAAAAGAAUCCUCAAAGAAACCGAACGAUUAGUCAGUGAUCCAGUACCAGGAAUCACUGCAGUACCAUCACAGGAUAAUCUUCGACACUUUAACGUUACCAUCGAUGGCCCGAGUCAAUCGCCCUACGCUAACGGCAUAUUCCAAUUAGAGUUGUAUUUGCCUGAUGAUUACCCCAUGUGUGCUCCCAAAGUUCGGUUUUUGACCAAGAUUUAUCAUCCAAAUAUUGAUAAAUUGGGACGUAUUUGUCUUGAUGUGUUGAAAGAUAAUUGGUCGCCUGCUUUACAAAUCAGGACUAUCUUGUUGAGUAUACAGGCGUUAUUAGGUGCUCCCAACCCUGAUGAUCCGUUGGCUAAUGAUGUCGCUGAAGAUUGGAAGAAAGAUGAAAAACAAGCAAUCAAAGUGGCACAGGAAUGGACAGAAAGGUAUGCUUUGAAGAAGGAAUAG